AAGGAGGUCUUAUCCCAGUGAGCAGGCACUGCUCUCAGGCAUAACUUGCCAUUAGCGAGCUGACGGGGCAUCUUGUGACUUUUUUUGCCCAACAGAAGAGGAAGGGAGCAGUGAAUGACAGUCACAAAGGCAGUGGAGCCUGAGCUGUUUUUCCACUGCUUCAACAGAUAUGAACAGGACAAGAAGACAACUGUAAAUAAAGCCAAGAGAACAAGGCACACAGCCUGAAGGAAAGUAAUUACAGCUCUCGUUCACUCUUCAGUUUGUGGAAAUACAGUCAGCUGUGUUUGUGGACACACAUACACACAAACACUCAAGAGCUGCUAGCUGUUGAAUGGACUGCUGUGUUUUUUGGACUUCUGUGGAAGGAAGCUGGUAUGGAUGUUGGUUUCUCCUCUCUGCGCUCGGAGGCAGUAGGAGCCGUGAGGACAGCGAUGGUGUCUGCUGAGAACUUGCAGCUCACUCUGAAGGCUGAGCUCAGUCAGGAAGAACAGGCCCUCACACACAUCCGCAGUAACCCCAAGGAGGCACACAAAGCUGGGAAUGAAGAUCUUAAAGAGAUGUUGGAGAGCAGCAAGGAAUCGCUCAAACUGGAGGCCAUGAAGAGGAUUGUUGGGCUCAUUGCCAAAGGGAAAAAUGCAUCCGAGUUGUUUCCUGCAGUUGUGAAGAAUGUUGCGAGUAAAAACAUUGAGCUUAAGAAGCUUGUGUACGUUUACCUGGUGAGGUAUGCAGAGGAACAGCAGGACUUGGCCUUGCUAUCUAUCAGCACUUUCCAGCGGGCCCUUAAGGACCCAAACCAGUUCAUCCGGGCGAGUGCCUUGAGGGUUUUGUCCAGCAUCCGUGUGCCCAUCAUUGUCCCCAUCAUGAUGCUGGCCAUCAAGGAGGCUGCAGCUGACCUCUCUCCAUAUGUUAGGAAGACAUCUGCCCAUGCUAUCCAAAAGCUCUUCAGCCUGGAUGCAGACCAGAAGGAGCAGCUGAUCGAAGUGAUUGAGAAACUCCUGAAAGACAAAAGCACACUGGUGGCCGGCAGUGUGGUGAUGGCCUUCGAGGAAGUGUGUCCAGAUCGCAUUGAUCUGAUCCACAAGAACUACAGAAAGCUGUGUAACCUGCUGGUGGAUGUGGAGGAGUGGGGCCAAGUGGUCAUCAUCUCCAUGCUGACGCGAUACGCCAGGACACAGUUCACCAGUCCUUGGAAGGAGGGUGCCAUGUUUGAUGAGAAUAACGAGAAAGCAUUUUAUGAGUCUGACUCUGAGGAGAAAAAAGGCCACACAGAGGAAAAGCCCUACAUCAUGGAUCCAGAUCACAGACUGCUGCUCAGGAACACCAAACCUCUGCUGCAGAGCAGGAACACUGCUGUCGUGAUGUCUGUCGCUCAGCUUUACUGGCAUCUGGCCCCUAAGCAUGAAGUCAGCAUUGUCACCAAGUCACUGGUUCGACUAUUGAGAAGCCACAGGGAGGUGCAGUACAUUGUGCUUCAGAACAUCGCCACCAUGUCCAUUCAGAGGAAGGGGAUGUUUGAGCCCUUCAUGAAGAGCUUCUACGUGAGAUCCACAGAUGCCACACACAUCAAAACACUGAAGUUGGAGAUCCUGACUAAUCUGGCCAAUGAAGCCAACAUCUCCACUAUUCUGAGGGAAUUUCAGACCUAUGUAAAAAGUCAGGACAAAGCGUUUGCAGCAGCUACCAUUCAAGCUAUUGGCAGGUGUGCUACCAACAUCUCGGAGGUGACCGAUACGUGCCUCAAUGGCCUGGUGCUGCUACUUUCCAACAGAGAUGAGACUGUGGUGGCUGAGAGUGUGGUGGUCAUCAAGAAAUUGCUUCAGACUCAGCCUACCCAGCACAGUGAAAUCAUCAAACACAUGGCCAAGCUCUUUGACAACAUCACUGUUCCCAUGGCCCGAGCUAGCAUCCUGUGGCUGAUUGGAGAGUACUGUGAGAGGGUGCCAAAGAUUGCACCUGAUGUCCUCCGUAAGAUGGCAAAGAGUUUCACAGCAGAGGAGGACAUCGUCAAGCUGCAGACAGUCAACCUAGCAGCCAAACUCUACCUGACCAACUCCAAACAGACCAAGCUGCUGACCCAGUACAUCCUGAACCUUGGCAAAUACGACCAGAACUACGAUAUCAGAGACCGAACACGCUUCAUAAGACAGCUGAUAGUGCCCAGCGAGAAGAGUGGCGCCCUCAACAAGUAUGCUCGACGCAUCUUACUUGCCCCCAAACCAGCUCCAGUUCUUGAGUCUUCCUUCAAAGAUCGAGAUCGUUUCCAGCUGGGCACUCUCUCUCACAGUCUCAACAGUAAAGCUACUGGUUACCAGGAGCUGUCAGACUGGCCAGCUGUUGCUCCUGACCAGUCUGUGAGGAACGUGGAGAUCAUUGAAGCAGUGAAAGAAUGGACACCGACCGUUGGAAAGACCAAGCAACCCAAAUCUGACGACAAGUUCUACUCGGAUGAUGAAGAUGAGAAAGAGGAGGAAGGAUCUGACAGCAGUGGCAGUGAAGACAGCAGCAGCAGCAGCAGUGAAGAGUCAGGCAGUGACAGCGAGGAGGAAAGCAGUGAGUCCGAGAAGACCUCCAGUGAUUCUGGAAAGAGUUCCAGUGGAUCUGAACAAAGCUCCAGUGAAUCCGAAUUGGAACAGAAAAAGAAGAAAAAGACCAAGAAAGUGCCGCAGAAGAAAAGCAAGCCAACUGCUGCUGACAGUGAGUCAGAUGAAAAUGGUAACGGACCUGUAGCCCAAGAAAGCAGCUCAUCAGCUGAAAGUUCCUCUGGCUCUGAGACGGACUCGGAGGACGACUCGGAUUCAGACUCGCCUGCACCACAGAAGAAGACUGAAACGAAGACCAAACCCAAGGUGGCAGUGAAGUCCAAGAAGGAAGUCUCUUUAUUGGACCUUGAUGACUUUUCUCCUGCACCUACAAACACACCACAGUCCUCGAUCUUCUCUCCCAGCCUGCUGUCCGACCUCGAAGGCCUCUCUCUCUCCGGCGUCUCCUCCACCAUGCAGGUCACCACCUCAUCUUUUGGCCCUGUGAAAACCUAUGAGCUGCUUCACCAUAUGACAGGAAAAGGCCUGGCAGCGAAGUACCAUUUCCCCAGGCAGCCAUGUUUGUACCAGCCCAGUAUGGUUGCAGUGCAGGUCAUACUGUCCAACAGCUCAGAUCACAGCCUGGAGGAGAUCCAUAUAGGAGACCGGAGCCCAGCAAGCCUCAGCAUCCACUGCUUCAAUACCAUCGAGCGGUUGGAGCCAGAGGCCUCAGUGACAGUAUCCAUGGGUAUUGACUUCAGCGACUCGACACAAGCAGCCAACUUCCAGUUGUGCACCAAGGAGGACCAGUUCAGUGUGUCCAUUCAGCCUGCUGUAGGAGAGCUCUUAAUGCCCAGUAGCAUGACAGAGCAGGACUUCUGCAAGGAGCAAGGAAAGCUGCAGGGCAUGAAUGAGACCUCGGCAACCAUCACCAUGGAAACAGCUAACGCGUCUAGUCAGGCCAUCAGCAAGCAGGUCCUGUCUGUGGCCAACGUAGGAGUGGUUUCAUCCAGCCAGAACAACUUCAGCAGGUUUGCCGGGCGGACAGUCAGCAGCGGAGCUCUGGUCCUGGUGUCUCUGGAGCUGAAGGAGUCCUCCACUGCCCUUCUUACCAUCAACACAGAGAAGACUGUCAUGGCCUCCAUGCUGCUCCGAGACAUCAAACAAGCCCUCACCCAGGCGUAAAACUCUCCCCUGCUUCCUGUAGUAAAGACACAGGUGAACAACACAUAGUUAAAGACUUCAUAUAUUUUAUUUCUGUGGUUUGGGACAAUUCUUGGACACAUGGUAUCCAAAAUCCAGAAGCUCAAGAACUGAAACUUGAAUUUCUAGGAGAGCAUGAACUGGAAAUGUUGAAGUAAGGUUUGUUGUUUUUAUAGUCUGUGGCUUUGGAAAGAAUUGUCCUAAACCACUGGAAGAACUGAAAGUCUUCACUAAAGUGAUGAUCCCCUUUCAAACACUCAGAAGGCAUCACAGAAAUUAGUUUUUAAAGGUCUCUCAUUGUGUUUAAAUGUUUCCCACCCUGUUAGUCAGAACCAAACAUGACAAUACUCCAUCACACAAAUACCAGACUAACUGGCCUUGGCAGUGAUUACUUGAACUUCAUGCUGUUUUAUUCUGGUCAGGCAUGAUUAUGUACAAAUAGGCUGUACAUACAGUUUGGGAGAAUAAGUACAUCGCUGCUCUGCACGCAGUGCCAAUAUCUCUGUUCCUCUGCAGUGUUAUUUUAUUGCCAAGAUAACUGGAAAAGGAGGGUUUCUACAUCUUAUUUCAAAACAUCUACACACUGUUGAGAAGCAUUUGUGACACCAAACUCAGAUGUAGUUUCACAUUCCAACCUUUAAACUGCUCCAAACCACAAUGAAGUGCCUUCCACAUGAGAAUAAUGUCUAGAAAACCAAUCAUUAAAUCAUUAAAUGUUUUUAUUUGUAUCUCUAUUUCUGAACAAUAAACAUUUGACUUUA